AAAUUUUUGUACUCAAUCAUCAAGACAACCAUGACUUCUAAAGUGAACACUUAUAAUACCUUCGCCAGCAGUAAUAAAUCUUUUGGAUAUAAAGGCCGAGAACCAGAGAGAGCUUCACAUCGAUAUUGUGGAGUGAAGAGAAAAAGAUCAAAUACUUUUGCAGAGACUACCGACACUAUGUUUCAACCAAAGUUAUCCAGAAGCAAGCUCUCAGCCUUUUUGGGUGAAGAGUUGCCUUUAAAGAAAAAUUUGAGCAAAUCUCCGCUUCUUCAGACAGACCGAGAAUUUUCCGAGAUUCCAGUGGGGUCUUUCUUGACGAAUUUAAAAACUCGAGGAAGAGUUUUAUCAUCGAUUUCAGAGCAGACAAUGCUGUCUACAAAUGCUCAGAGCUUCUCGAAGUACUGGCAGUUGUCACAGAAUUUGUCUAAUAAUCCAUGGUCACAACAUUUGUCCCCUCCAGUGACCUCCCCGCUCCUCUCAGUGUUUGUCAAGACUCAAAACCAUGAGAAUGAGUUCAAGCUGAAUGGUGCUACCAAGCAUGAAGAGAUCCAUUCCAGAUUUGAUAUGAAAUUGAAUGCAUCUGAGCCCUCAUCUCCUUCUCAUUCCCCGGGGAGAACCCUGGAGAAGCUAGAAAGAUCUCUUAAGGAGGAUAGAUCCUCCCAGUGACGACAGCAUAAGUAUGGUUCCCAGAUCAGUGGCAACCAGGUGACUUGCAAGUGUUGCAAUCAGCUAGACUAUAGCACUCUGCCAAUCAGAGGUACAAGAGAUAGUUCUCAACUCUAUUUGUGCGCCAAGUGUAGUUCUGCUCUUGAAAAAAAGCAGGAUUAUGCUAGCACUCAUAAUGGGACUGCUUGUAUUUCUGACAAGGGGCUUAAUCUAGUUGAGUUCACCUGUCACCAAGGGCAUUCCUGGACAGUGAAUAUUCAUAGAGGAUAUAAGAACUGGUGCUCCACCUGUAUCAAACUUGCUAAAGAAGAACAGAAGAAGAAGUAUAAAAGCAAGAGAAAUAUCAGAAACAAGAAGAACGCUCAAAAGCAAAAGAAAGUUUUUGAAGAUGCUAAGACAAGAUGCUUGGCUAAUUCACAGGUUGAGCUUUCAAGCCAGUUUGGAAGUGUAGAGGAACUGUUUUCCUCGGAAAACAAUUCCUUUUUCCCUGAAGCCAAAAUCAAGGCAGAAGCUUACUUUGAUCAGCCAGAGGCAUCAAAAACUUGUACAUUUGAGCAAGCACUCUGUGUUUAUAAAGUACUUGAGAUAGAUGCUGAUAGGGCUAGACUCAUUCUAAACAGAAUGUCUCCUAGCUCUAAGAAGGUUGGAUAUAAGAAGCUGGUCUUGAGUCUUCAUCCAGACAAAAAUAGACAUCCUUUGUCCAAUGAGGCUUUCCUCAAAGCUUCGGAGUUAUUCAAUAGCUCCUUCUAAAUCACCUAUAAUUAUUAUCGAAUUAGAGUUCA